AUGGAACGAAUUAUGCAGGCCCACCGCGUCCUAAGCAACGGACAGAAAUGUUCAAACGCAGAGCGAAACAUCUUCCAGGCCACUUUCGCUCUGAAAGAUCGAAUCGCCAAUCUCCGUCACCACCGUCGGGCCGGUAAGCUCAUCAGCUUCGAUCUGGAGAACGCCUUCGAUCGGGUGCGGCACUCGUUCCUCUUCGAAACCAUGCGGUCGCUCGGGUUCAACGGGGAACUCAUCUCUCUUCUCUCGCAUAUAGCCAGUCGGUCCACAUCCCGGCUGCUCAUCAAUGGGCACCUCUCUCGAUCGUUCGAGAUCGCACGGUCGGUGCGGCAAGGCGACCCUCUGUCCAUGCACCUGUUCGUGCUUUAUCUUCACCCACUUGUGUGUAGGCUUGAGCGAGUAUGUGGGGAUGAUCUGCUCGUUGCCUACGCCGACGACAUCAGCGUGGUGGUGACGUCAUCGUGGCAAAUAGAAGCGAUGAAUGAAAUAUUUCGUCGCUUUGGGCUUGCCGCCGGCGCAAAAUUGAAUUUGCGAAAAACGGUUGCAGUGAAUGUUGGUACCCAGAAAUUGGUACCCAGUGGCUACAAACAGCAAACGCUGGUGAUCACACUCAACUGGGAUGCGCUGGCGGGCAAGUUCUCACAGCAAAUGUGGCUGCAGUCCUUGCGCAGGCUGAAUCUGCACCAGCGGGUGAUAAUGCUAAAUACAUUCGGUACGUCGAAGCUGUGGUACCUUUCAUCUGUGCUGCCUCCGCUUGGUGUUCACACGGCGAAAAUCACAGCUACGAUGGGGACGUUUCUGUGGAGAGGAAUGCUCGCGCGCGUUCCGAUUAUGCAGCUAGUUCGGAAGAAAGAAAACGGUGGCUUGAAUUUGCACGUGUUGGCGCUGAAAAGUCGCAGCCUGGCUACCAAUCGACAUCUGCAAGAGAUCGAAUCCAUUCCCUACUAUAAAUCCCUUCUUUUCCACGCAAUUCCUCGCCCCGCAAUUUCAAUAGACAAUCCUGACCUAAAAUCAAUCCUAUCAAACUUGUCCCAAACUCCCAACCAUAUCCAACAAAACCCCUCCGCCGAUCUGAUCCACCGGCACUUCGUCCAGCAAACCGAACUGCCAAAGGUGGAACGAAACAGUCCAGCGCUUGACAGGCCACGCGCGUGGCGAAAUAUUGGGAUGAAAGAGCUUUCCUCAUCGCAGCGAUCCCAACUUUACCUGCUGGUGAAUGGGAAAACAGAGCAUCGGAAGCUUCUGCACGUGAUGCAACGUGUGGCAGACGAGAGCUGUCAACACUGUGACAUACAGGCAACUGAAACGCUCCAGCACAAGUUCUGUAGCUGCUCUCGUGUCGGCCCGGCCUGGACGGUCCUACAGCAGAGGCUAGCCGGCUACACAAAUGGUUGGAGACGACUGUCGUUCGAGGACCUCGCGAGACCUGUUUUGCCAGGAAUUGGAAGAGCUGCGCGAGUGUAA